AUGAAAACUCUUGAUCGUCGAUAUGGAAUGACAUAUCGUCGUUUAAAACGAAGAUCUCGACGAUCAAUUCUAUUUUGUAUUAUCAGUGCUAUCACUAUGUUAUAUCUUUUAUCAAAAUGGAUGCCUCGUCAAGUACCUUAUCAAAAUAUUCAAUAUGAUGCAUGUUUACAAAAUAGAUUGGAACAGUUUUUACGUGAUCAAGCUGAAAUGAAUGCUAUUUUUAAUCAUGAACCAAUUCAAUAUGGAGAAAUUGUCAGUUUACCCUUCACAGGCAAUGGUUAUCUUGGUCUUUCUCUAUCAAGUCAAUCUCAAAUUCAACUUUUAACUGAUAUUCGUUCAUCAUUUGUUUCCACUGGUUAUUCUCCUAUUGUUAGAAUUUCUUCGGAUACAUGGGAAGAUUCUAGUGCAACAAUACUACAAAUGAAAGAAGGUCUUGUAAGACGUAUUCAAUGUUUUAAAUUUAGUGAAGAACGUUCAGCACAUGUCACACAUUUAUUAUAUAUACAUCGAAAAAGGCCAUCAUUAAUUGUUCAAGAAAUAGAUAUUAUAAAUCCAAGUGAACAUUCACUUGAUCUUGAUUUUAAACAAAAAAAUCAAAUAUCAAAUAAUGAUUUAAAACAACUUGAUCAACGUGAUAUUCAAUUUGAUUCAAAUAACGAUAUAUAUUCAAUGAUAACAAAUCAAUUAUCUAUUCGACAACAUAAUUUUAUUAUUUAUGUUAUUAUUACAAAUAAAAUUAUAUCAAAUUGUCAUGUUAAACCUGGUAGCCCUGAAAAACAAAUAAUUUUAACUGUAGUUAAAUUUUCUUCAGUUAUUUCUGAAAAUUCUUUACUUAAUAAAACUUAUUCUCAAGAAAUACAAGAACAAUUACAAAAACAAGCUAAAUAUGAUAUGUCAGAUGCUUUAUCAAUAUCAUCAAUAAGAUUAUUAAAAGAACAUAUUGAUACAUGGUCAUUAAUAUGGCAAAGUGGUUUUACAAUGAGUCGUUCAUUAGCACCAUCAACUAUGAAUGGUGAUGUUAUUAAUCGAACAAUUUAUUAUAUACUUUGUUCAACACCUGCACCACUUUAUGAAUUAAAUAUAAAUGAAACAAAAAGAAAUGAAUUAAAUCAAAGUCUUUUUCAAAUUGAUCAAUGUUAUGAAAGUCAUUCAACAUUAAUUGGUAAAACAUUAUGGGUAUCACCAGGUGAUGAUUUAGCUGUUUCACAAUUAAGUAAUCUAUGGCGUUCAACAUUAUCUCGUAAAGGUUGUUUUACAUUAAUGCGUAGUGGUGUCAAUGGUGUUCUACAAUCAAUAUUACUUUCAAUUGGUGGUAUACGUUUUCGUAAUCAUCAUCUUGAAAUGUAUUUAGAUCCAAAAGAACUUCAUCGUGAUAUGUUUUUUCGUUCAAUUAAAUUUGGUAAACAAUAUCAUAUAAAUAUAAGUAUUACAGUAGGACAUGAUAAUCGUGCUGUUAUUGAUGUAUCAAUCGAUAGUGAAAAUGCUCAAGCAUAUGCAUGUGAUGCUGGUUGUUUAGAUACGCCAACAAAACUUAGCAUUCAACCAGUUCGAUUUCCAGUAAAAAUGACAAGCCCACCAACAGCCAUUCUUUAUAUAACAGAAGAUUUUGAAUAUAUGACACAUUUAAAAGAAACAUUACAUGUUCAAGAAGUUGAAAUAGCUCCUCCUCAUUCACAUGAUGUUCUUGCACUUCAUCGACAUGGUCAUAAACUUGGUGGUUUACCAAUAAUCUUUUGGAUAGCAUUAGCUUUUUUAAUAAUUGUUUUUCAUUUAUUUCUAUUAAAAAUAAUUCUUAACGAAAUGGGUUUUUUUACGCAUAAAUUACCAACAUAUACAAGACCGCGUGUUCUCUAA